AUGAUAACUUUAGCUGAUUUUUAUCAUGUUAUGACUGUUGUUGUGCCACUUUAUGUGGCUAUGAUAUUAGCUUUUGGUUGUGUUAAAUGGUGGAAAAUUUUCUCACCAGACCAGUGUUCUGGAAUUAACAGAUUUGUAGCACUUUUUGCUGUUCCACUUUUGUCCUUCCAUUUUAUUGCUGUUAAUAAUCCAUACAACAUGAACUUAAGGUUCAUUGCUGCUGACACUACGCAGAAACUUAUUGUUCUUGGGGCUCUUGCUGUGUGUGCUAAUUUAAGCAAAAGGGGUAGUUUAGAAUGGAGUAUAACACUCUUUUCUUUAUCAACUCUUCCAAAUACUUUAGUUAUGGGUGUUCCUUUGUUAAAGGGAAUGUAUGGUGAUUUCUCUGGGAGUUUGAUGGUGCAAAUAGUUGUGCUACAGUGUAUUAUUUGGUACACUUUGAUGCUUUUUUGUUUUGAGUUUAGAGGUGCAAGAAUGCUUAUUUCUGAGCAAAUUCCAGAUACUGCUGGAUCAAAACUGGACAGGCCUAGAUAG